UGAAAAAAGCGACAGCCCAAAUCAUAUAUACACACCGCUCCCUUCUUCUCUGGCACGCUCCUCCCACUUUCUUUCUUUCUUUCUUUCUUUAUCUCUGUAGCUCGAUUUUGAUCUUCGCACAACUCUAAGAAAUCAUCAAUCGUCUCCUACCCGAGUCUCUUGAGAGAGGUAACCAAAAAUAAAAAAUGGACGGUAGUAGAGGUUGGCCAUGGAAGAGAAAGUCUUCGGACAAAGCUACGACAGAUAAACUAGUUGUUGCAAACGAGUCAACUCCUGUUUGUUCUUUGUCCUACUUGGCUUCUCUCGAGAAUCAGGAGAAGUGUAAAAACACAAACUAUGUUCAGAUUACUAUGGAUUCUUACACGCAUAUGAGUAGAAUGGAGGAUCAGGUCAAGUUGUUUGAAGUUGAAGUUAAGGAUCUUAGAGAUAAACUCACUCUUGCUCACUCUGAGAUCAAUACUAAAGAAUCUUUGAUUCUUCAACAUGCCAAAGUCGCUGAAGAAGCUGUUUCUGGAUGGGAGAAGGCUGAUGCAGAAACUUUGACACUCAAACGUAAACUCGAAUCUGUUACACUCUUGAAGCUCACUGCUGAGGAUCGAGCUUCGCAUUUGGAUGAUGCGCUGAGAGAGUGCACGAGGCAGAUAAGGAUUGUGAAAGAUGAGAGUGACCAGAAGCUCAAAGAUGUGAUUCUUGCCAAGACCAUUCACUGGGACAAGAUCAAAUCCGAGCUUGAAGGUAAGAUUGAUGAAUUGAGCCAGGGACUUCACCGAGCAGCUUCUGACAAUGGGGCGCUCACUAGAUCUUUGCAAGAGCGAUCAGAGAUGAUAGUAAGGAUCAGUGAGGAAAAGUCUAAAUCUGAAGUUGAUGUGGAGAAGCUGAAGACUAAUCUUCAGUUGGCUGAGAAGGAGAUUAGUUCGCUGAAGUACGAUGUUCACGUUGCUUCAAAAGAAGUGGAGAUCCGCAACGAAGAGAAGAACAUGAGUUUGAGGUCAGCGGAAAUCGCAAACAAACAGCAUCUGGAAGGAGUGAAAAAGAUUACAAAACUUGAAGCAGAGUGCCAAAGGCUAAGAGGGCUUCUUCGGAAGAAGCUUCCUGGUCCUGCUGCUAUGGCUCAAAUGAAGAUAGAAGUUGAAAGCUUAGGGCAUGAAUUCACAGACCCUCGAGCACAGAGAGGCAUAGCUCAAAAUCCUAGUCACAAUGCACACAUCGCAAAGGCAGAGACUGCUAAUGAUCUUAAGUUGGAAGAGUGCAAAAGAGAGAAUGUAUAUCUCACGAGACGUACAUUGGAGAUGGAGGAUGAGAUUCAGACGCUUAAAGAACAUCUCGCUGCACGUAACAAUGAACUGCAGGUUUCGAGAAAUGUAUGUGCUAAGACUCUUGGAAAGCUUAAGAUUCUUGAAGGGCAGGUGCAUAUGUUUCACAAUGACAAGAAUGCUCUGAAAUCAAAUAGCAGAUGUCUUUCUGAAAGUCCAUCCAGUGUCACCUCAGUAUCCGAAGAUGGGUUUGAUGAAGAAGGAAGUUCAUCUGAGUGUGGUCCAGCAACCUCAACAGAUUCUCAUAAAGUGAGAAAAGUAUGUGCUAAUGGUUCCUCAAAGGCUAGGAGUUCUAAUAGACUGGAGUUAAUGGAUGACUUCUUGGAGAUUGAAAAGUUGGCAGCUAAUGAUCCAGAUGGAGCUAACUCAGUUUCAAAAUCUUCCAACAGUGCCUGCAGUAGUAUAUCUGUUUACAAACAGUCCGCUAGUAAGUCCAGUGAUCAAGAUGAGGAUACAACAACACUUGAUCAGCUGUUAACGGUUCUCCGUUCAAGAAUCAACAGGAUAUGUGAAUCUCAAGAGGGCAUUAGUAUUGAGAAAAUCGUUGAAGCCGCAAGACUUUCGAUCCAAGAGAUGCAAGGAUCAUCACCCAAAAAACUCUCAAAUCCUCUGUUUGAAGUUGCUGAUGAAACUCUAGAGAAACAUGUUCUGUCAUCUCAGGAUACCAAAAGCAACGGAAAUGUGGAGAAGAACUCAAAGAAACAAGAUUUGGAAAGCAACAUGCUAGUUAAAGAGGUUGACGAGUCAGAUUCUGAUCCACUGGGAGAGACAUUACCUAAGACAAAGGAUCACCGUGUAGAUAAAUUUUUCAAUGGUCAUGAGCUGGAUGAUUCAUCAUGCAAGAGCUUGUUGAAAGAGGUGGAACAGCUGAAGUUGGAGAAAGAGAACAUUGCAUUAGAAUUAUCAAGAUGCUUGCAGAAUCUUGAAAGUACAAAGGCAGGGCUAGAAGAAAAAGAGCAGCUCAUAUCGAAGCUGAAAUCACAGCUCACUUCUUCAGAAGAUCUCCAAAGCUUGGCAGAAACACAGCUUAAAUGCGUGACUGAGUCAUACAAAUCACUUGAACUCCAUGCCAAAGAUCUAGAAGCUAAAGUGAAAAGCUUGGAAGAAGAGACAGAAAGACUUGAAUUGGCUUUCUCCACAGAAAAGCGUGGCCAUGAAGAGACUCUAGCUAAAUGCACAGACCUUCAAGAACAAUUGCAAAGGAAUGAGACUUGCGAAAAGUGUUCAUCAUCCAAACUCCAACCUAAUCAGGAAAAAGACAUAGCAUCUGCAACAGAGAAGCUUGCAGCUUGCCAAGAAACAAUUCACUUACUCAGCCAACAGUUACAAUCAUUACAACCUCAGAGCAACCACAAUAUCCCCAAAUCUAAAUCCCCUGAGAAGAAGCUUCAACAGCACAAAACCUCAGAACCAACACUGAACUCUUCACUAGAUGAUUUACUCCAUGAUCAUAUCAUCCAACCAUCUCGUUCUGUUAGACACUCGGUGAAUCCCACGGUCCAUGCGAUCAUCAAGUCUAGCUCUGUUUCUUCAUCAUCCAAAGACGAUAAUGAGAAGCAUACGCGCGGCCUAGGCAGAUUUUUCUCCUCUAAACAGAAGAACAACGGACGUUAAAACGCUAAAAGAUAUCACACUCACUAUCUUUUGGAUCGUUUGAUUUUUCAUUAUCCUUCUUGAUAUGUGUAUAUGUUUAUAUGCGUUUUGAGUAUUUGAGAAGAGAACAGUACUAGUCAAGAUCAAUCUUCCCCUCUUGUGUACUCUACACACUUAGGGCAUACGUCUCUGAAUUGACUAAACCGGACUAUAACCAAGACCGAAUUAAAGUUUUG